CAGUAGUGUGGCUAGCUGCUUGUUUCAGGACUUAAUCAAUAGUUUCGUUCUAACAAAAUGCAAUACGGCUAGUUACUUACAGCUAACGUUAUCGCAUUUAUUAGGAAUGUUUUGAAGAGCAAGAAAUCCAAGUUUUCCAGUUAACAAUGGAAUUUCUUCCUAUCCUUGAACCAGAAGACAAGCCUCGAGAUUCAAUUUGGUACGCGGUGGUGCCCCGAGGAGGGGGUCCUGGGGUCAGCGUGGGUCACACCUGCACGUACGUUUCGGGCAAGGACGCGGGCAAGGGCAAGAUCCUUAUCGUCGGAGGAGCCAACCCUAACGGCAGCUUCUCAGAGUCUCACGUCCUGAAUCUCGACCGCCAUGAGUGGGACGUCCCGGAGUGGGGGGGCCUGCUGGCGCGGUACGAGCACUGCAGCUUCGUGCCGGAGAGCGCCCCCUGCAGCCUGUGGGUGUUUGCCGGGGCCCAUCAGAGCGGCAACCGCAACUGCGUACAGACCCUACAGACGGAAGGCGGCGGGUCAUGGAGGAGCGUGCAGGUGACGGGGUGCCCCCCCUCGGCCAGGACGUACCACACCAGCUCCGCCUGCGUGGGGGACAGGCUGUUCGUCUUCUCUGGGGGAGACGCAGGGGCCGCGCCCGUCUCCGACCUCCAGCUCCACGUCUUCGACUCGGUGUCCCUGACCUGGCACCAGCCCGAGACGCAGGGCAGGCCUCCUUCCCCGAGGCACGGCCACAUGGUGGCAGCGGUGGGCUCCAGGCUCUACGUCCACGGAGGACUCGCGGGGGAGAAGUUCCACAGCGACAUGCACUGCCUGGACACCGCGACGAUGAAGUGGGAGCGGGUUCGAGCCAAGGGCGACGCCCCGCCGGGCGUGGCCUCCCACGCGGCGGCGACCCUCGGGAAGAGCGUCUACGUCUUCGGGGGGCUGACUGCCGACGGGGCCACCAACUCCAUGUACAGGUUCCACACCGACAGACAGCGCUGGACCCUGCUGAAGUUCGAGGGAGACCUGCCCGCGAACAGACUGGAUCAUUCCAUGUGUGUGGUGCCCUGGAGAGUCAGGACGGAGGGGCGCGGAGUGGGGGACCAGGUCUCCGAACCCGAGACUGUCCACCUGUGCUUCGUCUUUGGGGGAAUGGACACCCACGGGGUGAUCCACAGUGACUGUGUUGCAACUGUGUUGCCGUGAGGCCUCAGUUAUUUUGAAAUAAAAUGAAGUAUUUAUUUAA